AUGGCAUGUUUCAUGAGGUGUUCCAAAGGGAUAAAAAUCUGCUGUGGUGUCACUGCCAUUCUUAUAACUCUAUUGAUAGUGAUACUGGUGGUCUUAUUUCUCACCGUGCUCAAGCCUAAAGACCCCACAAUUAACCUGCAGUCAGUUCAGCUUGAUGGGUUCCGAAUUUCCCUCGCACCUUUGGAACUAAAUGUAUCAUUAGGCAUAGUGGUCAGGGUUGAUAAUCCUAAUCCGGGAAGCUUUAGCUACCAGAACAGCACAGCUUAUGUUAAUUAUCGUGGGAACCUUUUGGCUGAAGCUCCAUUAUAUGAGGACACAAUUCCCUCUCGCGGAGCGCAUAAUAUAAGCACAUCUUUGAAUAUUUUUGCAGAUAAUUACACAAAAAUUCAGGACUUACCGAGUGAUUUUUUAAAGGGUGUCAUAAAUUUUACCUCAACAACUACCUUAACAGGGAAAGUCAAGGUGUUGAACCUCUUCAGGUUCAAGGCCACUAGUUACUCCACCUGUGAUAUCUCUCUAUUCAUACUUGAGGAGAUCGUGAAUUCUACUUGCAUCAUACAAAUCAAAUUAUGA